AUAUUUGAGCAAAGAUGGCUUGGGAGCGUAGCACACGAUGGAUCAGUGAAGAAGCAGACACUAGAAAUCUCAUCUCUCUUCUGACUGCCAAUGUUAUAAACCCAGAAUAAUUCCAGGGACUGCUGUUUAUUACAGUAUGCACCAGCCAACACUUUUUCUGUCCUUCGUGGGGGACUUCUGGAGGAUACGCAGCUGUUUCUAUUUGUGAGCUGAACGUGAUGCUGUGCAGCUUUAACUCGGGUAUGGAUUGCUAACUGCGGAGGAAAGUGGGUGGGAGCCAGCAGUUCCCCGCAAGCCAACAGACUUCAGGGGUCCUGCGGAUUGCCCAGCCCUGGCUCCAGAAGCCUCCUUUCUCCAAACCCCCAGGCAAGAAUUCUCCAAAGAAAGAUCUCCGCCCAAAGAAGGCCAGCAAGGUGCUCCGCCCAGAGGCGGGGUGGGUCAGCAGCCCAGGCUGGUUUAACUGGUUGGAACCACUUAAAGUACGCAGACGCUGGGGGAAAAGUGUCACUCUCAGUAGCUGCGGACAUCAGGCCAGAGCUUGGGGAGGAACGCGCUUUCUUUCCAGCAGAGCUCCGCAGGGCUCCCACACUGUUUUCACAGGGAUUCGCUCCGGUGUAAUGGAUAGGUAACAGAGAAGACCACGUCCCUUCCUCGGCAGGGCAUCAGCAUGACUGAGUGCUUCCUGCCCCCCACCAGCAGCCCUAGUGAACACCGCAGGGCCGAACAUGGCAGUGGGCUAACCCGGACCCCCAGCUCUGAGGAGAUCAGCCCUACAAAGUUCCCUGGAUUGUACCGGACGGGUGAGCCCUCGCCUCCCCAUGACAUCCUCCAUGAGCCUCCUGAUACAGUGUCAGAUGAUGAGAAAGACCAUGGAAAGAAAAAAGGGAAAUUUAAGAAAAAGGAGAAAAGGACUGAAGGCUACGCUGCCUUCCAAGAAGACAGCUCUGGAGAUGAAGCUGAAAGUCCUUCCAAGGUGAAGAGGCCCAAGGGAAUCCAUGUGUUCAAAAAGCCCAGUUUCUCUAAAAAGAAGGAAAAAGAUUUUAAAAUCAAAGAAAAACCCAAAGAAGAAAAGCAUAAAGAGGAAAAGCACAAAGAGGAAAAGCAUAAAGAAAAGAAAUCGAAAGACUUGACAGCAGCCGAUGUUGUUAAACAGUGGAAGGAGAAGAAGAAAAAGAAAAAGCCAAUUCAGGAGCCAGAGGUGCCUCAGAUGGACGCGCCGAGUCUCAAGCCCAUUUUUGGGGUUCCCUUGGCUGACGCAGUAGAGAGGACCAUGAUGUAUGACGGCGUCCGGCUGCCAGCUGUCUUCCGGGAGUGUGUGGACUACAUGGAGAGGCACGGCAUGAAGUGUGAAGGCGUCUACCGGGUGUCAGGAAUCAAAUCAAAGGUAGAUGAGCUAAAAGCAGCCUAUGACCGAGAGGAGUCUCCAAACUUAGAAGACUAUGAGCCUAACACUGUAGCCAGCUUGCUGAAGCAGUAUCUGCGAGACCUUCCCGAGAAUUUGCUUACCAAAGAGCUUAUGCCCCGAUUUGAAGAGGCCUGUGGGAAGGCCACAGAGAUGGAGAAAGUGCAGGAAUUCCAGCGCUUGCUCCGGGAACUGCCCGAGUGCAAUCAUCUUCUGCUUUCCUGGCUCAUUGUGCACCUGGACCACGUCAUCGCAAAGGAGCUGGAGACGAAGAUGAACAUCCAGAACAUCUCUAUAGUGCUGAGCCCCACCGUGCAGAUCAGCAAUCGAGUCCUGUACGUGCUUUUCACACAUGUGCAAGAGCUCUUUGGCACCGUGGUCCUGAAGCAAGUAACAAGACCUCUGCGGUGGUCCAACAUGGCCACAAUGCCCACACUGCCAGAGACCCAAGCAGGCAUCAAGGAGGAGAUCCGGAGACAGGAGUUCCUUUUGAAUUGUUUACAUCGAGAUCUGCAGGGCGGGAUAAAGGACUUAUCUAAAGAAGAAAGAUUAUGGGAAGUACAGAGGAUUCUGACUGCCCUCAAGAGAAAGCUGAGGGAAGCUAAAAGACAAGAGUGUGAAACCAAGAUUGCACAGGAGAUAGCUAGUCUUUCGAAAGAGGAUGUUUCCAAAGAAGAAAUGAAUGAAAACGAAGAAGUUAUAAAUAUCCUUCUUGCCCAGGAGAAUGAAAUCCUGACUGAACAGGAGGAGCUCCUGGCCAUGGAGCAGUUCCUGCGUCGUCAGAUUGCCUCAGAGAAAGAAGAGAUCGACCGCCUGCGAGCUGAGAUUGCAGAGAUCCAGAGCCGUCAGCAGCAUGGCCGCAGUGAGACGGAGGAGUACUCGUCUGACAGCGAGAGCGAGAGCGAGGACGAGGAGGAGCUGCAGCUCAUUCUGGAAGACCUGCAGCGGCAGAACGAGGAGUUAGAAAUAAAGAACAAUCACUUGAACCAAGCAGUCCAUGAGGAGCGGGAGGCCAUCAUCGAGCUCCGAGUGCAGCUCCGGCUGCUCCAGAUGCAGCGAGCCAAGUCUGAGCAGCAGCCGCAGGAGGAGGAGGAGCCCGAGAGGCGAGGAGGCGCAGGCCCACCGCCCUGUGACGGUGUCCUCGAGGUGAGGGUAGCCAAGGAGCAGGCGAAGGCCUCACCCAGCAAAGACCGGAAGGAGACGCCCAUCUGAGCUGCGGGCCGGGCCCUGUGCAUCUUACUGUGAGUGUGAGUGAGCCGCCUGCCUGCUGGACACUCUGUAAAGGCUCGCUCUCAGAGACGUCCCCUCUCGCACACGUCUGACUCCAUGUCAGGCUCAGGGCCUGGGAGGCUGAAACAGUGGACACACGGGGGGCUUGCAGGGAACACAGGCAUUUCCAGAUAGUGUCAGCUUAUUUGAAAAAUAAUUUUCUUUGUUAAAAAUAACUAUUUUAACCUUUGAGUGGCUUCUUUUUAAACCAAAAAUUCUUUUCUUUUGCUUUUUUUUUUUUUUUUUUUUAAUCACAGCAGACUCUGGAUCUCUUUAUCAAAGGGUAGGAACCAAAUCAGGUCACUUCUGCGCCGGCCUUGUGGACGCUCGUGGUCUCCCCAGCCCUGCAGGGGCUCUGGCCACUCUUGCUUGUGCCUUCCACACCUUUUGGUGCAGAUUGUUCAGUGGGGAGCUGCCUCAUAUUCUCUGACUGGCCAGAAAGGCUCUCGCUGGGGUUCCCUGCACCACGUUGCUUUUCCAGUUCUGCGUUGAGUCUGUCAGUAUGAGUCAGGACGGCCCAGGUUGGUGGCAGACAGAAGUUACCUGUGCAGCCUGCCACCAGCCUGGGCAGUGCAAGCCACUCACUCACUGCCAGGGAUCAGCAAAGGCCUCUUCUCUGAGGUGGUCAGAGGUGACCACCUUGACUCUGAGGCGUUGCACAGGAAGCUUCUCAAACCAGAACCCUUCCUUCUCCACACUGACCUUCCAGGAAAACCACAGUGACUUCAGCUGCUAGCUUGGGCUAGGAUACACACCUCUGCCAGGAUAAGCCAUGUAAAUGCUCUCACGCAGAACGUUCACCUUUCCGUGUCAUCUCAAGGGGCUGCUUAAGGACUGACAGAACCGAGCGAAGGAAGAAAAGCAAACCGGUAGCUGUGACUGACCCCACCUGGUGUUUGCUUCUAACUCAGAUGACUGCUCCCAGUCUGGGAGGCCUGCCUCUUAGGCAGCCAGAUCUCACUGUCAGAUGAGUGGCCCCAGGGAGGUCCCCUGUGGCUCUGAACACAAUCCCACACUGUAACGUGAGCGACAAACCCACAGGAGGGCUCUGGUCUCCUCCUAGUUAGUAUUUAUUUCAGCGCCUGUCUUUUGUUCGCCUCUGCCUAUUGCACUGUCGUGACUUGUUGGCCAUUAUUUGAUUUUUGUACGGAAAAAAGCUUUGUUAUAGAAAUCAGCAUACUAUUUUUUUAAAUCUGGAGAGAAGAUAUUAUGGUGACUGGAAAUAUGGUCAGGUGUCAAAUAUAAAUGUACAAACGCCUUGCUGCAUCCCGUCAGGUGUACAACAUCCACUUUAUAUUUGCUGGCAAUAUUGAAGAAUUCUUUUUGUUUGUGUAAACUCUAAUUUCUAUCAAGGUAUCAUGGGUUUUUAAAAUUAGUAUUUCAUUACAAAUGUCUCAAUGUUGGUUAACUAAUUUUUGCCAGGACCAUUAUUGAUCAAGGAAAUAAAUUCAACAGCCAUUUGAGAGAAG